CAUGAAUCUGUGUCAGCCGUGAGAGGAAGGAAAACAAGUGGAACAAGGAAAUUGGUUGCUUCCUCCGUCUCUGAUUCUUAACAAUGCCGAGCGUAAAGCUCAAACACUCUUCACCUGACCACCCCAUUUCCUCCUCCCUCCUUUCCCGCGAAACCCAUUUCCUCAUCAGCGCCGCCUCCCCUCCCGAUGAUCUCCCACACUCACUUCUGAGGUUGAUCUGCUGCGAGGAAAUUGAUGGCCAGAGAUGGAAAUACGUCGCCGAGAGCGAUGGUUCUGGCAGAUUCAAGAAGAAUUCUUUCCGUGCUAUAAGCACAGAGUCUCCUCGGACUCCUCUUGAGGAAGUUGGUUCGUUUCUGAGAUCUUACGUUGUACCUGAAGGAUUCCCAGAAAGUGUCAAUGAGUCAUAUGUUCCUUACAUGACAUUCAGAGCUUUGAAGUAUUUCUUUGGUGGAGCCAUGGGUGUCUUUACCACUCAGACCCUUCUCAACUCUGUUGGAGCCUCAAGAAACAGUUCUGCUUCUGCUGCUGUUGCCAUCAACUGGAUUCUCAAGGAUGGUGCUGGCCGUGUUGGAAAAAUGCUUUUUGCCAGGCAGGGAAAGAAAUUUGAUUAUGAUUUGAAACAGUUACGGUUUUCUGGUGAUCUUUUGAUGGAGCUUGCUGCUGGUGUAGAGUUAGCCACUGCUGCUGUUCCACACCUUUUUCUUCCUCUCGCUUGUGCUGCUAAUGUUAUCAAGAGUGUUGGAGCUGUAACAUCAACCUCUACUCGCACGCCUAUCUAUAAAGCCCUUGCUAAAGGAGAGAACUUAGGAGAUGUCACUGCUAAGGGAGAGUGUGUUGGUAACGUUGCUGAUUUGAUGGGAACUGGGUUUAGUAUAUUGAUAUCCAAAAGAAAUCCUUCGUUGUUCACAACCUUUGGUCUUUUAUCAUGUGGCUAUCUCCUGAGCUCAUACCAAGAGGUUAGAUCUGUAGUAUUGCAUACACUCAAUCGUGCUAGAUUUACAGUAGCAGUGGAGUCGUUUCUCAAGUCGGGGCGGGUUCCCUCGCUACAGGAAGGUAAUAUUCAAGAAAAGAUAAUUACUUUUCCAUGGGUGGAGGAUCGACCAGUAAUGCUUGGAGCAAGAUUUAAGGAUGCAUUCCAAGACCCCAGCUCAUAUCUGGCAGUAAAGCCUUUUUUCGAUAAAGAAAGAUACAUGGUGACUUACAGCCCUGCCAAGGGUAAAGUCUAUGCACUGCUCAAGCAUCAAGCUAACUCAGAUGACAUUCUCAAAGCCGCAUUUCAUGCACAUGUGCUUCUUCAUUUCAUGAAUCAAUCAAAAGAUGGUACCUCAAAAUCAAUGGAGCAACCAGAUCCUGCUUUUGCUCCAGUGGAAUAUGAGCUGGAGUCUCGAAUAGCCGAGUCGUGUGACAUGGUUUCUACCUCAUAUGGAAUCUUCAAAAUCAGGGCUGCAGAACAGGGUUGGAGGAUGUCAGAAUCUCUGCUAAAUCCUGGCCGGGCUAGGUUAUGUAAUGCGGAGGGGGAGUAAACCACGCCUGGUGAAGCUGGUCUUUGUUAUGAUGACCUGAAUCGGCUUCGAUAAUUGUUUCACGGCACGCUACAUUUUGUUGUCUUGGAAAACAAACAGAUUUUGGUUGGUACACGUUUUAUUUUAUUAUGCUGUAAAAAAAUAGAAUGAUACGUAGCAUUGUAAUCUGUGAGUGGUAGCUGCUGUAUUUAACAUAUGUUGCACAAACACGUACAUUUUUUUUUUGAAAUGUUA